AGUAAAUCUAGAAAUUCAGUAUCUUUUAAAUUCGAGAGAAAAGUCUUCACAGGAAAAGAAUUGCUUUUCCAUCCUGAAUCAGUAGAUAUAAACCAAACCUUUCAGCAAGAAGAGAAGCAACUGGAACCCCUAUGUAAAUGGAUAACAAGUUCCCUCCCAGGAAAGUUCCAAGUUUUUGUUCCUUCCGCUAUGGAUUAUCUAUCCUCCUGCAUGUCUGUAAUGUAUUAAUAAUGUCACAACGCAUGUGUGUGAGCCUCACAAUGGUAGUCAUGGUGAACAGGACGGAUCCACAUGGUUUACCCAAUACCUCCACAGAGGAGCUCCUGGAUAACAUAAAGAACCCCGUGUAUAAUUGGAGCCCUGAAAUCCAGGGGAUCAUCUUCAGUUCCAUCUUCUAUGGUUCAGUUAUCUUCCAAAUUCCUGCUGGAUACUUAUCUGGAAUAUACUCCGUAAAGAAAAUGGUUGGCUCUACAUUAUUUGUCAGCUCUCUAAUUAAUUUGUUCAUCCCACUGGCAGCUCAAGUUGGAGAAACUUUGGUCAUUGUGUGCCGAGUAGCCCAGGGAGUAGCCCAGGGGACAGUAGCAGCAGCUCAGCAAGUAAUAUGGAUCAAAUGGGCUCCUCCCUUGGAACGAGGCCGACUUACCUCUAUUAGUAUAUCAGGAUUUAUGCUGGGACCCUUCAUUACCCUCAUUGCGACUGGAUUCAUCUGUAAAUCCCUGGGCUGGCCCAUGGUCUUCUAUAUUAUGGGUGCUUGUGGCUGUACCCUAAGUCUUCUCUGGUUUGUUCUGUUUUAUGAUGAGCCAAAGGACCACCCAUGUAUGAGCAUCAGUGAGAAGGAAUACAUCACAUCCUUCCACGUCCAACAGGUCAGCUCAAGUGAAUACUCUCUGCCCAUCAAGGAUAUGCUUAAGUCUCUUCCACUCUGGGCCAUUUGCAUGUGUAUUUUUGCUUUAUUCUGGUCAAGUACCAUCAUACUUUUCUAUACACCAACAUUUAUCAACUCCAAGCUUCAUGUUAAUAUAAACGAGAAUGGGCUGCUUUCUGCCCUCCCGCAUUUGUUUUCCUGGAUCUUUGGUCUCCUAGCAGGUCAGAUGUCAGACUUCCUCCUAUCCAGGAAUAUUUUCAGCAUACUUAACAUCCGGAAACUCUUCAUCAUGCUAGGACUUCUCCUGCCUGCCCUCUUCUGUGUAUGCCUACUCUACCUGAGUUCCAGCUUCUAUGGCACUAUUAUUUUCCUGAUACUUGCUUGUGCAACAGGAAGCUUUACUAUGGUUGCAGUGAUUGUAAAUACCUUGGAGAUCGCUCCCAGAUAUUGUGGAUUUCUUAAUGGAUUUAUACUGGUAAUUGGAACGAUAGCAGGAAUAAUUUCUUCCACUCUGACUGGAAUAAUUCUUAAUCAGGAUCCAGAAUCUUCCUGGUUUAAAAUCUUCUUCCUGAUAGCAGGCAUUAAUGUGAUAGGCGUAAUUUUCUACCUUAUAUUCGCUAAAGCAGAAAUUCAGGACUGGGCUAAAGAAAAACAACACACACGCCUCUGAAGCAUAAAACAGAGUUCUAGGAGAGCCUAGGGCCAGCCUCAAGGGAAGAGGAACCAGCACGUGAGCCGGGACUGAGAGACUGUCACCAGCUCAAGAAGAAGACAGCACGUGGAUUCCUCGGAGACCAGUUUCCCCAACACACACCCUGUGUACAUCUCUUCUGUAACACGUUUUGUUUGCAAAAUGUCUAAAUUUUAAAUGCAGGUUUAUUUGUCUUCCAAUUCCACAUCAGUUGCCUUAUGAACGAUGGUUGAAUAAACCAAUAAACAAGCACAAGAAGACAAAAUUUUA